AUGGCAUCGCCCGCGAAGAAAUGGCCAUCUCGAGAAGGCUUCACGGCCGAUGUGCUGGGCAAGCUGAUCUCGCGCACUCUGCUCUGUCCCUGGAAAAUGGUGCCCCUCCUGGCCCUCGCCCAAUACACCGACAAAGGCCGUGAAUUCAUCUCAACCCGCCCACAUCUCCUCAAAGCCCUGCGCACCCUCGCCGCCCUCGCGGUCCUCAGCCGAGUCGGCACCUGGCUCGACCGCCGCGCCAUCAACAACGGCCAGCUCGACCACUAUGACUGGAACCGCGAAGUUGUUUUGCUAACUGGCGGUAGCGGCGGCAUCGGCCACAAAGUCGCGCAAAUGCUGGGCGAGCGUGGCAUCAAAGUCGCAAUUCUGGACAUCACGCCGCCCACCGAGACCCUGCCCAACAGUGUCCGCUACUUCGAAUGCGACAUCACCUCACCAGCUCACAUAAAGGAAGUCGCAAAUGCCAUCCGCGCCUCGUUCGGCCGCCCCACCAUCCUCAUCAACAACGCGGGUAUCCUGACGGGCAAAACCAUCCUCGGCACGACCGAGUCCACCACCCGGCGCAUGUUCGAGGUCAACACGUUCGCGCACUACUGGCUGGCGCAGGAGUUCCUGCCGGAUAUGAUCAGCGCCAACCACGGGAUGGUCGUGACGGUCGCUUCGCAAGCCGGGUACACUGUGACCCCGAACAUGGUCGACUAUUCUGCAUCCAAGGCGGCGGCGAUUGCCUUCCACGAGGGCCUGGCCGCGGAGCUGGUGACUCGGUACCAGGCGCCACGGGUGCGGACAGUGCUGGUGACGCAGGGAUUCACGCGCACGCCGUUGAUAGGGGUGUUGACGCCGGAGGACACAUGGUUCAAUCCGCUCUUGCACCCGGAGACGGUGGCGGAGGGGAUUGUGCAGCAGGUGUUGACGGGGGAGAGUGGAAAUGUGGUGUUGCCGGGGUCAGCGGGAUAUCUGUGUCAUCGUCUCCGCGGGUACCCACUGUGGCUCCAGCAUGGCCUGCGCUGCCGGCUGGAGCAGCUGGUGCGGGCGUCGUGA